CAUAACCUCUCGGAAAAGCGCUUUUUUUUCUACACGUGGGUAAAUGUCAACAAGACGCGACAGGCGAUUUUUUACACCCGUGUCGGGAAAUAAGCAAAGGAAUUUAGUGUGGACAUGGCGGAGAAUGUAUCAGAUACAGUAAAGUGUCCGGUUUGCGCGGGUGACUUUGAACCGGGCAGAAUUAAUGCGCACUUGGAUGAGUGUUUACAAAGCAAUGAUGUUCAUCAUCACACAGCUGAUCAGGAACCAUCUGGACCACCCUCCAAAAAACCUCGCACUAGCACUACUAACACCCGUCCUUCUACUGUAUUCUCCGUGUUUCAAACCAGAUCUAAAGCGACUGAUCAGAAACAGAAGCUCGCAUCAUUGGUCACAUGUAAAGAGAGUACAGAAGUUAACGUCAGUCCAGACAUGAAAGUUACGAGGAAACUUGAGUGUCCAGAUGUACCAGCUGCAUCUGCUGCGUCUUCACCAAAAGCAUUAAGACUGAAUAAUGACAAACCCCUGGCAGAAGUCAUGAGACCCAGCACUCUGGAGGAGUAUUUCGGCCAGAAUAAACUGAUUGGAGAGCAGACCCUGCUGAGAUCCCUGCUGCAGUCACAGGAGAUCCCUUCUCUGAUACUCUGGGGACCCCCAGGCUGUGGAAAGACCACCUUGGCCCAUAUUAUUGCCAGUUCCAUUAAGAAGAAAGGUACAGGACGCUUCAUCACACUCUCCGCCACCAGUGCGUCAACCAGUGAUGUGCGUGAGGUGAUCAAACAGGCCCAGAAUGAGCUUCGUCUGUGCAAAAGAAAGACUGUUCUGUUCAUCGAUGAGAUACACCGUUUUAACAAAUCCCAGCAGGACACCUUUCUGCCUCACGUGGAGUGUGGGACGAUCACUCUUAUUGGGGCAACCACAGAAAACCCGUCCUUCCAGGUCAACAGCGCGUUGCUCAGUCGGUGCAGGGUUCUGGUCCUGGAAAGGUUGUCGGUGGAAGCGAUGGGCUUGAUUCUGCGUCGGGCUGUAGACUUUCUCGGACUGCAGGUGUUGAAUGGGGAUGCAGUGGAACAGGACUCUUCUGAGAACUGCUCAGAUUUUCAGGUGUGUAUUGAGCAGAAAGCCCUGGACACUGUGGCGCACCUCUGUGAUGGUGAUGCCCGAGCUGCCCUGAACGGCCUUCAGCUGGCAGUGCAGGCGUGUGUUGUGCAGGUGCGCACGACUUCCUCCAAACCCAGUGGCGGCCCUCAGCAAAUAAUCGUGCGUGAGCAACACAUUAAAGAGGGACUUCAGAGAUCCCACAUUCUUUAUGAUAAAGCAGGUGAGGAGCACUAUAACUGUAUAUCAGCCCUGCACAAGUCAAUGAGAGGAUCAGAACCAAAUGCUGCCCUCUAUUGGCUGGGAAGAAUGCUGGAGGGAGGUGAAGACCCCCUGUAUGUGGCUCGCAGACUGGUCCGGUUUGCCAGUGAGGAUAUUGGUCUGGCGGACCCUGUGGCACUCACUCAGGCUGUAUCAGCAUUCCAGGCCUGUCACUUCAUCGGCAUGCCCGAAUGUGAGGUCAUUUUAGCCCAGUGUGUGGUUUAUAUGGCCAGAGCGCCCAAGUCUGUGGAGGUGUACAAAGCCUAUAAUAACGUCAAGGCCUGUCUGAGAAACCAUCAGGGCCCGUUACCGUCCGUUCCGCUCCACUUACGCAACGCCCCCACCAAACUAAUGAAGAAUCUGGGCUAUGCUAAAGGAUACAAAUACAACCCAGACUUCAAUGGGCCAGUGGACCAAGAAUAUCUUCCUGAGGAGCUUCAUGGUGUCAACUUUUUUACCUGGACGCCCUCCAAUCAAUGACUGUUCCCCUUUUGGGUUCAUGAGAAAUGGACUUUUAAGUUUGCAGUUUUGCUGUUUGCUUUGUUAUUGUUGUUGCUUCUUCCACUUAUCACAGCCAGAUUUCACACCUUUGGUCCAUAUCAUGAAAAAAUCUGCAUUUGCUUAUGCUGCUAAUAACUGUUUAAUAUUAUACAGUUAUAUAAUAAUAAAAAAAAAAGGUAUAUAAUAAUAAAAAAAAAAAGGUAAAUAUAAAAUUAACAAAGGUUGAAGAGACAGAUUUCCAUUUUUAUCUCAGGCAAGUAAGAAAUGAACAUAUUGAAACAAUGACAUGAAACAAUACAAACCAAAGGUUAAUCAAUAAGAGAUUUUUGAAUAUUUAUACGUGUUCUCCACAUCCCAGACAGUUCAUGUUUUAGCUUCAUUAGAUGAUUACAAAGUUGUUCUACAUUCUUUUCUACAAGCAACCAAUAUUAUAUAUGUUGUAUAUUACACUUAACAUACUCAAACCAAGUCUUACCUUGUUUUUGUACAUUGCAAUUUUUUUCACUUUGAAAUUAUUUUACGUUUCAAGUCAUGUUGAUUCAGACUUGAACUUGACUGAACAUGAUGAGAGUCAGAGUGUAAUUUCCACCAGUUUGAGUCAUUAAAGGUAUGGUUCACCCAAAAAUAAAAA